ACACUCGACGGUCGACAGUCGCCGACACACCGUCAUAGAACGAGCGCGCGUCUCGUUAGCAGUUCUCACACACGACACGCCGCCGCCACCGUCGUUAGCCGUAGUGCGUCGCUAUCGAAGACCCGACAACCAUCAUUGUCGUAGCGCCAAUAUAUAAUAAUAAUAAUAAUAAUUAAUAAUACAACUUAAAAAUAUAAUAAUAUUUAAAUAGUAUUUAUAGUAUUUUCAGUUCUCGGAAGUGUUGUUUCGAUCACGCGGAUCGGCGCGAAUUUUUUAAUCGUUUAAUAUUUUUUUUUCAAUUUUUGUGGUUUUUUUUUAUGUGCUAGAAACGAACGCAGCAAUAUAAUACGUCGUCGCCGGUAGACGUCGAGGACUCGAAGCUAAUGAUCAAUGAAGUUCGGUAAUGGUGUACAAGACGUCGUGGCUAGAGAGCAGUUUAGAUUAUGCUGACAAGACGCAACUGGCUACUACGACUCAGCGUCGUUUUGAAUGUAGCCGUAUUGUUCUAUUUCGGGUCCUACUUGACCAUCGGAAAUGGAAACUCGGAAAUUGUGGAGGAGGUGCAGAUGUCCGGAAGGAACUUGGCCUCCUUCGCCGAAAUCCCUCAAAACGGGGAAAAAGAAACGGCGGCGUAUUACUACCAGAGCGCGUCCGGCGGAUCAGCCAACUAUCCUGAGCUAGCGCUUUUGGCCAGCAUACAGCCAAUCGCCGGACAGCCACAGCAACAACAACAGGGUUCAUCCGUCCAAACACCAGUCCAAGGGACAACGUUGCGAGAUGACGGCCAUGUAAUGCGCAUCAAACCCAAGUCAGUGGUCGCGGCCGAAUCGUUGGACAACGCCGACACUUCGGCCGCUUCGGGCAGCGGUGGAUCAGCCGCGGCCGGACCGGCGGAAUCGUGGACGCCCGAGAAAAAAGACGCACCCACCCAACAACAGCAAACGUCGACCACGACCACCACAACCACCACGUCGGCCACGACUACCGCCGGCACGUCCUUCGUGGCCCAAGUUGCCAUGGCGAUGGCCAACUCUGCCGUACAGGUCAGGCCGCUCCGUGAGCUACUCGACUGCCAGGAUAAGUCCAACCACCGGCGGAUCGCCCAACGUGGCGAUUAUUGGGUGCUGUACAACUACGUGCCGGCCCGUCGGUGGUUCCGGUGCGACGAGUCCAUCACGUACACGACACACGCCGACUUCACGUUCCUCGACAAUCUAGAACCUUUGUUGGACAGGUGGCGAGGACCGAUAUCGGUGGCGCUGUACACGCCGGGCAACGACUUCGUGCCCACACUGGCCUCGAUCCGGUACUUGCGGCAGUGCGGUUCGCCGCUGGUGGCCGAGUACGUCACGUUCCACAUGUACUUCGGGUCGGGGCACGUGCCCAAGUCGGUGCCGCACUCGGACCACGACAUCGACGCGCUGGUGGCCAACUGCUCGGCACCGCCGCCGUGGACGAACGCGUCGGCCGCGUACAAGGGCCAGAAGAAGCUGCUGUACCCGGUGAACGUGGGUCGGAACGUGGCCCGCGAGUCGGCCACCACCCACUACGUGCUGCCGUCCGACAUCGAGCUGUACCCCAGCCCGGGCGUCAUCGAGGGGUUCAUGGACCUGGUCCGGAGGCAGGACCCGCCGCUCCGGCGCCCGAAACCAAUGGUGUUCCCGUUACCGAUAUUCGAACUGGCGUCCCACAUGAAAUUGCCGGCCGACAAAAAGGAACUGGUAUCGAUGCUUAAAAACGGUUCGGCCAUCACUUUCCACAAAAAAGUGUGCCCCGACUGUCACACGGUACCCAAGUUCAAGGAAUGGGCUAGCGCCAAGCCCAAGCCCGGCGUCAGCGUGUUCCACACGGGCAAGCGGACCGGGUACCAUUUGCAUUGGGAGCCGAUAUUCAUCGGCACACACAACGAUCCGUUGUACGACGAGAGACUGAGCUGGGAGGGUAAAAUGGACAAAAUGACUCAGGGUUACACUCUGUGCGUGCUCGACUACGAGUUCCACAUACUGGACAACGCUUUUCUGACGCACAAGCCGGGCAUCAAGACGUUGAAAAAAGACCCGGCUCGACAGGUUCUCGCGUCCAAAACGUACAGUCUCAUCAAAAAAGUCAUACUCCCCGAGCUCAAGGUCCUUUACGGCGUGAAAAAAGGAUGCGCCGUAUAGUGAUAAUAAAACAUACAUACGUAUUGUAUAUAUAUAAAUAUACACACACACACGUUUAUUAUAAGGAUGCACGGUCGCGCCGAGGACACUCGUGCGCGUUAGGGACCACAGAUAGACUCAUCGACUGAUAGAUUAAAUGUAUACGCUUCCUUUAUUAUUUUCCCCCGGAUAUCAGCCAACGUACAAUCACGUGGUGGUUGUGUAUAUGUGUGUGGGUUGGUGUACAGUACUUAUUGGGACGAGUGUUUCAUUUCCGACAGCGACAGUCGUGUUAUCUCUCGCGUCACUUUUUUUUUUAUUUUAUUAAUAUUAUAUCGUAAAACUAUCGUGUAAAAUAAGUUUAUGUACAUGUUUUAAUUAUAAUAUAGCCUAUAUACGUAUAAAAAUGCGCGAUGUAUAUAAUAGUAUCUACUACAUAUGUAUCGCGUGUGUUCUCAUCGAGAACCAAAAAAAUUAAAUUGUAUUUUUUUUUUUUAUGACGCCUGUACAAAAUAGAUGCCAAUUUUUAGUUUUAUACGUGUACAUUUGAAGCCUUCAAUCAAACGGAAUUAUUAUUCUUUUCUUACGACUCGACACGCUAAAGCUCUAAUAGUAUUUUUCACUUUUAUUCUUCUUCUAUAUUAUGUUGAUUUCUCUAUCAUGUAUCUUCUUUAACGCGCAAUACCUAUAUUUUUCCUUUUUUAUAUUGUUGUAUUUUCAUCGUUUUGGUGUUCGGGAUAUUUUCAAAGGGACAAAAAAAGAUCGCCUCCAAUUGCAAACGUUUAGACAAUCUUCCAUUGACAUCGAACCGUUCACCCUUCCUUCUUCUCCCUCCACGCAUACUUAAUUUGUCAGAACCAUUUAUUUACUUAAUAAUUUUUUUUUUUUUUGUGUAGUCAAUUAUUGUGUAUCAAAACGUUUAUGCUAUUCGAUGCGAUCAUAAGUAUUGUUUUAAGUCCUUCUUGUAAACAAUUAUCAUUAUUAUUAUUAUUAUUAUUAUUAUACUAUCAUAAGUAGUUUGUGAUUUAAUAUCUAUGCCAUUAUAUAAAGUUAUAAUUUGCCAAUCGGUCGCUGAUCUAUUAUUAUAUAUUUAUAUGCAUACGUAUUGAUGAUGUCAAACAAAUACGUAGGCAUAUUAAGUUAACCUAACUAGCAUAUAAGAAAAAUAUGUACGAUAAAUAGUUAUUAAAUACACACGAGAAUAAUAUAUACAGUCAUUAUAUUAUACUAUUAUUAUUUGUAUUUGUAUUAUUAUUAUUAUUAUUAUUAUUAUUAUUUUAUUAUUAGUAUGUCUAUCGAUGAUGCCAGAUCAAAUUUUGAUUAUAAAAUAUAUUAGUACACUUACCUUUAUGUUUAUAAAAACUAUAACAAAUGUUUACGAAAAAAUCAGUAUAACGAUAUAGAACAUAUUAUAACGUUUUAUUGUGAUCUCUCGUAUGCUUGUAAGAUUAUUUUUUAUAGACUAAUCAAUGUUGGCAACGAUAUAACCAAAACGAUUGUAUUUGUAACGAUUUUCCAUAUUAUAUAAUAUAUUUUAGAUCUAUGUAUAAUAUAUAAUAUAUACAUUUAUGAUAUUAUAUGCAUGGUACGUGAAUAUCGCAAUAGUAUAAAAAGUAAUAAAUAUUUGAUAUUUAAAACAAUAAUUAUCAAUAUUCAAUGUCGUACCAUUUUAUUAUUAUACGGAAUAACGUGCAGAUAUAUAAUAUUUUUAUGGAUAGGAAUGCAUUUUAUAGCUUCAGUCAAAAAAAAAAAAAAAAUUUGCUUGUAAGAAUUAAUUGCCAAUACAAUAUAAUAAUAUAUAAUACAGGCAUGAUAUUUUUAAUUUAUUUGAAAAGUAAUAAAGUUAUAUAUGUUGUAACGUUUA